AUGUCAUAUUAAUUUGGAAUCAAUCAAUUAUAGAGCACAACAGUUCCAAAUGCAAAGUAUAAAACUAUCCUUUGUAGACAUUAUUAAGGUAUAAGAAUUCAAAUUAUAAAAAAUAGCAACUAAAUAAUGUGCCAUAGGUUCUAAAUGUUAAUUUGCUCAUGGAAUUGAAGAAUAAAGAUAAAUGAAUGGUAAAAGAUACUACAAUAAUUCAAAGAUCCUAUGCCUGCUUCAGCAUUAUCUUCAAUUACUACUACUUCUUAAAUAACAACUAUAGAACAAUAAUAAAAAAAUUAAUAACCUUUGUUUAAAAGUAUUAAUAAUGAAAUAAAUAAGUACCUUGUAAAUAUCAUUAACUUAAUUUUUGUAAGAAUGGUUCAGGAUGCCAAUAUGUACAUGGUAUGUAUUAAUUAUUUUUUAUCAAAUAGAUUCAGACAUAUAAAUAUAAACAGCAUCAUAAUAACAGUAAUAACAAUAACUAUAAUAAUAAUAAUAAAUAUAAUUAUUAUAACAAUAGUAAUAAUAAUAAUAGUAAUAAUAACAAUAAAUACUUUAAUAACAAUAGCCAGUAGAUCCUAUGUCCUUAACUUUAUCGCAUAUCUUGAUGGAAAUGUAAUAAAUCUUCAAUUAAGAAGUAAAUUUAAUUUAAUUUAAUGUAGGAUUUAUUAUAAAAGAUAAGAUUUGCGAUUGAAUAAAUUAGAUAAGGAAAUUUACCAUUAGCCUGUGACUAGAUUAGAUCCAUUAUUAACUCAUCAGAUAGAACUGCAGAUGAAAUUCAAUAAUAUACAUUGUUAUAUAAUUAAUCAGUAGCAUAUUACAAAUAACUAUUAUAACAAUGA